AUGUCAACUACCGACAGUACAACCUUCAAAUUCUACGCUUUCUUCUUUAAAUGGAUCGACCCUAUCAUUGCUCUUGGGGGAGCAUAUCUGAACUUCAUUGAUCCAAUUGGCGCAGUCACCUCAAUGGCACCCAACUCAAGAUACGACCCGGAUCAAGUCUUUCUCUUCCAUCAAAGCGGCGGCCUUGCAUUGGCUGUUGCUUUUCUCUCCGCUACUAUUCCCCGCUAUUCUCAAGAUAUCGCAGUGUGGGGGAUCUUGCAAUUUUCGCUACUACUGUCUGACCUCGCGGGCAUUAGCGGGGUGGGUUUUGCCAUGGCCCGCCAAGGGAGACUUGGAGGAAGCUGGACUUCAGAUGAUUGGGGUUGUGGUGGAUCUUAUGUCUUCUUGACUUUGGAACGCGCACAAAUACGUGUCUGGGAUGUGAAGAACGCCAUGGACUAUCCGGAACCAGGCGAUUACGAUGUGCUUAUAAUUACUGGUGCACCCGCAAACCCAGAAGGCGAGGAACCCUGGCUGUUGAAGCUUCGGGAGUAUGUCAAGAAAGAAGUCGAAACAACAUCUACCCAAAAAUUUGUAGGAUUUUGCUUCGGCCACCAGAUCUUAGCUAUGGCCUACGGACUAUCCGUUGAAUGCAAUGACUUGGGAUACGAGUUCUCUGCGACAACUAUCCAGUUAUCAGAUGCAGGGAAAAGACUGUUUAAACAAGACUCUGUUUGUUUAAACGAGGGUCACCAGUUUCAGGUCAAAGAUCAAGACCUAGGACAGCUCCAGAAUCUCGGCUCGACGGAUCAUACUCACAUACAAGGUCUCUUUCUUCCCAAACGUCUUUGGUCGCUGCAAGCGCACCCUGAAUUCGACGCUGAAGCAUUGGGCCAAAUAUUGGAGUUCGCAAAAUCGAAAUUAUCCGAGGAGGAUUACCAGAGUGCAAGGGAGAGAAAUACAGGCAAUGUCGAGCAGCAAGUCGCCUUGGAUUCAUUGGUUAAUUUUAUUCUCGACUAG